CCCUGCCCAGUGCCCCCAUCUGCCCUAGGGUGCCCUUCUUCCUGUCCUAGGGUGCCCCCACCUACCCUGGGGUGCCCCCAUCUGUCCUAGGGUGCCCCCAUCUGCUCCAGGGUGCCCCCACCUACCCUGGGGUGCCCCCAUCUGCCCCAGGGUGCCCCUCUCCCUGCCCAGGGUGCCCCCAUCUGCCUUAGGGUGCCCCUCUUCCUGCCUUAGGGUGCCCCCCACCUACCCUGGGGUGCCCCCAUCUGCCCCAGGGUGCCCCCAUCUGCUGUAGUGUGCCCCCUCCCUGCCCAGGGUGCUCCUCUGACAGUCCUAGUGUGCCUCUGUGCCUCGCCACCCUGCCCUCCAGCAACUCCCUAGUGCCAGGGGGCUGCAAUCACCAUGCCUGCAACGCUGGACCCUGCCGGGGUGAAGCCCCCAGUCCACGAGCAGAUCUCAGAGCUGCAGAAUAAGAUACAGCUCCUAGAGGGCGACCGGAAAGCUUUCUACGAGAGCUCCCAGUGGACCAUCAAGAAGAACAGGGAGUCCAUCCAGUGGCUGCGGCAGGAGAACAAAACCCUGCACAAGAAGCUGGCGGCCAUCCUGGCGGGAGAUGCACAAAUCAUAAAAGAGGUGUUCCGGGACCGGGCUGCCGAAAAGGCCUCGCUGAAAAAUAAAAGUGGAGAGGGCGCCAUCGAGUUCAUCAACCACCGGCUCUGUGAGAAGAUCAACCGGCUGAACGACCUGAAGCACCAGGUGGAGGUGAGGAAGCGGCGGCUGGAGGAGCUGCAGCUGCAGUACGACUCCAAGGUGCAGGAGGCCCGGGGCUGCCAGGAGGUGGAGGAAGGGGAUGUGGAGGCAGCCAAGACCCUGCGCCGGCUGGAGAACCAGCUGGAGAAAGCCCGGCUGAAGGUGGAGGAGGCAGAGCAUGUCACCAGCCUGUACCGCCAGCUGAAAGCUCACAUGCAGGAGCAGAGCUUGACGGCCCAGACCCAGCUGGACGGGCUGGAAGCUGAGAUCCUGCGGCUGCACCAAGAGCUCCAUGGCCUGCAAGCGAUGAACACAGAGGCACAGGCCACGCGGGAUGCUGCCAAGGAACAGCUCCAGCUCCAAGAAGACAGUGUCUACCGGGACAGGUACAUGCGAGAGCUGAAACUGACGGAGCUGAAGAAGCAGGCGGAGGAGAGGAGGGCACAGAAUGAGCGGGCGGAGAGACGGGCCCUGCGGGAGCGCCUGCCCCUGCAGACGGAGGAGCUGCUGAGCGACGCCCAACGCAGCAAGGGCACCGGCCUCCGCGCCAAGCAGCUGCUGGGCACGGCGACGGAGGAGACCUUCGAGAAGAUCAAAGAGGCCACCGGGGUCACCAACUCCAGGGAGGUGGUGAGACGCUUCCUGGCCCAAGGAGACACCUUCCAGCAGCUGGAGCAGCUGACGACGCAGAACGAGGAGGCCCUGGUGCAGCUGCGGGAGGAGGAGGAGGUGCUGCAGGCCGAACUGCAGGGCCUCAUCUACUCCGGGGAGGCCCAGGUGACGGGGGCCCAGCGCCUGCUGGAGGAGCUGCGAGCUCACCUGCGCCAGGAGGAGACGCAGCGCGACGCGGUCAAGGGGCAGCUGGACAAGGUGACGCGGGUGCUGCUGGUGGCCAAGGCAGGCGUGGAGCACCUGGCCAGCAAGGUGCAGCACAUCCGGCUGGAGAGCGGGCGCUUUGCUGGGGCCCCGCCGGACAAGGCCGCCAGCGACUACGUGCUGGAGCUGCUGGCGGAGACGGAGGAGAAGCUGCUCAAGGUGCUGGCUGAGCUGGGCGACCAGGACCAGAGGCAGCUGCUGCAGAAAAUCACCGAGGAGGAGUUCCACGCUAACCUGGAGGGGCGUCUGCCCAGUGCCAACGUCCGGGUGAAGCUGCCCGUCGCCCAGAAGCAGGACAUGUACUAUGACGAGGAAGCCAGCGGGGACGAGGGCGACGUGGUGACGCGGGCCGCGCUCAAGCGCCAGUCCCAGCAGAUCAUUGAAGCCAAGACCAAGCGCCGCAGCCGCCCCAAGAAGAAGGAGGGGAAGCUGUAGCCGGCCGGGCCGGGGGGAGCCCUAGGGGGCUCGGAGCUCAGCCCCCCGCCAGGCAGGGCCAGGGCUGGGGGGUUAAAGGCCCAGCUGGCUCCAGCCCAGGGCCCUCCCCUCAAAGCCGUGCCCCCUAGAGCUGGCGGCUGGGCGCCCUAGGCCCUGCCAGCCCGCCCCGAUCCCAGCAAUCCCCCACGGCCGCCUCUACCCCCGCCGUGGGCCGGCAGCCCCAGCCCCACGGAGCUCCUGCCCCUCGAGGGGUGGGGGGCAGUGUGAAGGUCAGGGCUGCCCCAAGGCCUGGCCAGGGGCCUGAGCCGGUCAUGGAGGAUGGGGGGCUGCCCCACAGCGACCCCUCAGGCCGUGUCCCAGAUCCCCCCCCCCGGGGCUCUCCCCUCCCCCGCUUAGGGGGAAAGCAUCCCCCCGUCUCCUCCUCCUGCUCCCCCCCCCCGUAGGCAGUGGGUGAGUCGUGCCCCCGGCCUGGGCCUCUCGCGCUCCCUGCUGCCUCGAGCGGCUGCCCCAGAGCUUCCCCUCCGCACUGGGACCCCCAAGCACCCCCCCACUGACCCCCCUGUGCCGUGUGUGAUUCAAUAAAGCCACUCGGCUGGAGCA